CGACCGUCCAGAUGACUCUAGUUGGGGUGGGAUUAUGGUGUACUGCAGUUAUGCCUUUACUGCUACAAGAAUGCCUCGGUAUGAAGGACUGCAUCAAAGAUAACUCUGCCUGAAGAUUAAUCUACCAUGUUUUGUGUGUAUAGAUCGCCAUCUGCUGACGAAAUCAUUCAUAGUGCCAUAUCAGACUACACUGACACUGUCCAAGCGCUCCACUCAAGAUCUGAAAUAAUUGUUUUGGGUGACCUUAAUGCUCACCAUGAAGAGUGGUUAGGAAGAACAAAGACAGAUACCUGGUGGAUCUGCAUUCAACUUUGCCACACUCAACAACCUUUGUCAACUUGUAGACGACCCAAUCUGCAUUGGACGGGAUGGAAGCUGUUCCAAACUGCAUGGACCUCUUCCUAACUACUUCUCCAGGCAAACACGUGGUAUCAGUUGAUGAACGUCUCGGCUCUUCUGACCCCUGUGUGGUUACGGACGUAGCUAUUAAACUAUAGACUUCCAACUACAAGCAAGGCUGGCAAGCGUAAAACCUGGCUGUACGACAAAGCUGGUUGGGAUGGCAUGUGCUCCUUCCUGUCUGAAGCUAACGGUCCUCCCUUUCAAAGGCGUAUAAUGCUGAUAGUGUUCAUAUCGCCAGGAUCAUGCAGUGUGAAUGAAAACAUUGGUAAGCAAUGGACCUUUUCAUACCAUCCAGGACUAUCAAACACGAGUACUCAGAUAAGCCAUGGUUCAAUGGCAGAUGUCAUGGCCGGGAAAACGUUGCUUUAUAGUAAAACCGCAAAAUCUUUCGUCAGCUUCGCUUCGUAAAGAUAGCUACAUCCAGCCAGAUUUUGACCUACAUGUUCCCUCUCCAAGCACUGAUGUUACAUCAUAAUAAGUUAAGAAAAAACGAAACAUACAAUAAAACAUAGUUGUAAUACAAGAAGAAGACGAAGACAAAAGAAGAAGAGGAGGAAGAAGAAUAAUAAUAAGAAGAAAAUGUUACUCAAUAUACUCAAACUCAAUGAAGGAAAACGUAACUAAAUUAACAACACACCACUCCUUUAUGUAUUUUAUAUAAGAUUGAAGUCAUGACCAGUAGUUGAAGUGGUAAACACGGAUACUAGAGAGGACAAUAACCCCGAAAAUAUCUACUACUUUAAGAAAAUAAUUUUUUUUAGUUUAAUGCAUUACAAGGCUUAUAUACGCUUACUUGGAAUCUGACAAUUCUUUCCAAGAUAUGCCUCAAGACAGGAGCAGCUAUAGCCAUCCAAUUCUUCCUUGCACGAUCCACCAUUCUGACACGGAUUCGAGUUACAUGCUGUCAAAGAGAAAUUCCAAAAAUGGUGACUCCACUGUACAAUUUACCUGCCAGAACUCUUCAAAGCUCCUAAUCGUGGUAUUGUCUAUACUCCAUCAACCAUUCGACGCAGCGGUUGGUGAUGGAACAUGCUGCUCAGUACCUCAAAAUGCAUGUCCCUAUCGAAUCUUCGAGCAUACAGGUGAAUUUGUUCAGUUUGUCGCAAAGUAUUUGACACGUGAUCACCCAGAAUAUGACGUCAGAGUGCCACAGGAAGCUUGGGACAAAACGAACAUGUAUUGUGCAUUUCCAGCAUGUAACUCGAAUCCGUGUCAGAAUGGUGGAUCGUGCAAGGAAGAAUUGGAUGGCUAUAGCUGCUCCUGUCUUGAGGCAUAUCGUGGAAAGCAUUGUCAGAUUCCAACAUGUUACUCCAAUCCGUGUCAGAAUGGUGGAUCGUGCAUGGAAGAAUCGGAUGGCUAUAGCUGCUCCUGUCUUAAGGCAUAUCUUGGAAAGAAUUGUCAGAUUCCAAUGUGUCCAGCCGAUUGGGAGUAUGCGGGCACCAAAUGUUUCCUGGUAACACCCUCAGUCGUGUCUUACCACGCGGCUAAACUCCACUGCAAUAGUAUGGAUGCUGUUACCAUGGGUAACGGGAUGAUGGAGGACCCUGCCCUGGUCUUCAUAGAGAGUGAUGAAGAGUUCGCCAUCUUAAAGACUCUCGUUGAUAAUCCAUGGGUCUGGUUGAACUGUAUAAGAAUAAGCGGAUCAUACAUCUGCUACAGUGACAGACAAAUCACAGAAAGUGACUAUCGAAACUGGGCCUCUAACCAACCUGACAAUACCAGAGAUUGCGUGCCUUUGAGAAUGACAGAUGGCACGAUGCAUGAUAAUCGAUGCACUUAUCAAUAUACCUUGGUAUGCCAAGUUACCAUAAGGGAGAAAUAGUAGCAGUACAUGACAAAGUGAUUUCAUUCUAUUGAAGACUAGUCAUGCUAAUCCUGGGUCCCGUCUGCGAUAUUCUUCUGUCAGUACUUGUGCAACCGACAAGAGAGGGGGCUGUGUUUGGAAUUCUAAAUCAGACUAUAAAUCAUGGACUUGAGUCUUGCCUCAAUUUUUCGUUUAAAAAAAAUUCCUUGAAAAGGCGAGACUCGAUCCCGCGUGCAUGAACUCGACUGCAGGAUUAUUGGCUUAUUGAUGAAGACACACAAAUUGAGCUGAUUGGUGGGUGUGGCUUAAUGGUCUGAUUAAGACACACCAAUCAAGCUAAUCGAUGGGUUGGAAAGGUUAUAUUAUAACUACAUGUAUUCGUGUCGCCAUGAAUAUUCAUGAGGCGAUGAAGUCACGGCUGUGGUGUAAUGUGCCCUCUCGCGUC